AUGCCUGUUCAAAGCGACGGAAGCACGACUCACCUGAGGAUACCAACAUUCAAUGUUGCCCAAGGCACCCCAAGACAAUACUUUUUUGAACGGGUACAGAACCCGAUGCUGAACCUCUUCAAGUUAAAGGCCUUCAUCCCGCUUCCCAUAUAUCUCCUCAUCAUACUUGAGGAUAUCGAAGACCGACUGCCAUUCGGUGCCCGUCUUCUCACGACGGAUACGUUUGAUGGGAGCACCAGGCAGAGACAGCUGCUUGGGCACACGACAUGGAGCGAUAUUCUCCUUGUUGAGGUCGUUGUUGGAGUCGAUAUUGACAUCAUCAAGCUUCCGCUUGUGAGCACUGCGAGUAGCUUGUGCUCGUAUAACCUCGUCUACUCAAUCAACUUCUUUCUAAGAAUUAUGCUGCCAGGUCAGGGUAGACCAGUCGUGGGACUCGGAGCUUUCUUGCAGGCUGGCCACAUGAAUUGCCUCAACUUUCCGGAGCUGCAGACUCGGAACUCCCGUAAAACCACAUCAAAUUCCUCCCUUUUUGGGUGUCAAUGUUCAAACAUCCAAACAUUCACUGAGUAUAAGGAGUCUAGUCCUGUUUAUCAAAGCAGGAAAGGACGCAGUCCACGUACUAUCGGUCCUGUUCUGAAGCAGGAUUCAGAUAGUUUUCCGACUCCGAGUCUCUCUAGGACUCCGAGCCGUCAGCGUCAUGUCUCGCGAACUAUACCCAUCAAACCUCCAACUUCACCGCCUUCAUCUGACACACCCUACGAUUCAUCCGAUGAUGAUAUCAUCGGACCUAUUACACCUCCCGCGAUACUUCACCACCUGUCUAAUUAUGCGAAGAGCGCAAAGAAAAGACCCAAGCCCUACCAAAGAAGUGUUCCCAACAUAAUAGAGCGCCUCUGUGGUGAGGAGUGUUCGGGGUGCACUCGCCCCAAGGAUUUGCCGAGUGAUCAAAGGGAAAGCACUCGAUUGCAACGUAGAUUGAAGAACCUGACCCCCGUGGCCCUCGCCCAUGCCGUAAUCGCGAUCCAAGCUGACAUUGAAUGGAGGCGCGUGCGUGCUAUAGCAGCUGCUUUGCACGUCGACGCGGUCCAGAAACAUUCCAUGUUUCUUGAUGUAACUGCUAAGAGUGAAGCUGAAACAUACGUCAAUGCUGUUUCGGAACCAUUUGAAGCCGCUUGCGAGUCGCUCGCUAGUCGUACAACUGACGAGCUUAACGAUCGCAGAAAUUGUACUAUUGCCGCGUACGAGCUUGAUGAGAUGUCGUUCACUGCUGCCGACACAGAGUUUGAUCAUUUUGAAAAUAUCGCGUUGACUGUCCUGGACUCGGAUGGUAGCACCACCAGUUCAGACGAAGAACUUUUUGACGAUAACUGA